CGUCGCAUGCUGUAGUCGGUGGUGCGGCCGCCAUGUGGUCCGGUGCGUGCGACCACACGUGAGCCAUGGGCAGCGACUUCACCCGCUAAGCCGCCACCCAGUCAUGGUUAGGGUGUUCCACCUGGGGCUGGUUGCUGCUGUUCUGAGUGCCCUGUCGUUGGCCAGACCCCUACAGCCGGAUAGACUGGAGGCGCACGAGCUGAUGGUGGCGCCCGAGCUGGCCGUGCGCAGUGAGCGCAGCGCCAACCUGUCGCACAUCACGGGACCCGCGCGCAAGAUUCAGAUGUACAUCAAGAACAGACACUUGCAGAUCCUGCCUGACGGCACCGUCAACGGCACGAGUGACGAUGUCAGCGACUACAGUUUACUCGAAAUGUGACCCGCAGCCACAAACACUGACGACAAAAAGCGCCAUAGCACUGUUUACGCUCCUCUCGCUGCUCGCCACAUUAUCGAUACUGCAGAGGACGUCGGUCAAUAAGGGUCAACUGAAGAUCCAAGGAGUGGCAACGUGCCUGUACUUGUGUAUGGACAGUUGCGGGCUGUUAUACGGCUCGAAAGAAUUCACGAAAGACUGUAUCUUCAACGAAAUCUUCGAGCAGCACCACUACAACACGUACACGUCGGCGCGCUACUCGGACGGCCGGCGCACGCUGUACGUGGCGCUGAACAAGCGCGGGCUGCCGCGCAAGGUGCAGGUGCGGGCGGGCGCGCCGCUGCGCCGCCUCAGCACGUACACGCGCACGCUCACCAAGCCGGCGCCGCAGGCCGCCGUCGACCGCCUGCUGGCCGCCGCCGCCGCCGCCGCCGCCGCCGGCUCCGAGCCGCAGCCCACGGCGCACCCGCUGCGCCACCACGCGCACCAUCAGCUGUGCCCCGUGUCGCGGGCGCCCGCGCCGCCGCCCGACGACGCGGCCGCCGACGGCGACGCCGACGGCCGCGACAAGACGCGCUGCCGGCGCCGGCGCAAGCGCAAGAAGAGGAAGCGGCGCUGCCGCGAGGGCGAGCCGGAGGGAGAAGACUGCCAGGGCCGGGGCAAGGGGCAGGCGCGGCGGCCCGCCAAGGGCGGCAAGGCCCGC